ACGUCACUCCAAAUCGCCUUCCCGUCCCGCGCAGGCGCACCGGAAGCCUCCUUUCCGCGCUGCAGCGGUGGGUUGAGCCGAGCUACGGAUCGGCCUGUAGACGGAUCUCUCAAGCGAGACUCGUUCAGGCCUUUUUAAAUCCGGGGUGAUCCCAAAACAGAGUGGAAACGGCUGCCGCAUCUGGAACGUUAUCGUUGGAAUAAAUUUCCUUAGCCUUGAAGUUACUCCACUCUUAAACCUGUUGAUAUCAGAGGGCUUAGGCGGGAGUAGGGAUUUUUUUCCUCUCAGAACACACCGGAACAGUCUUCCAGAACUUCUUCGACUCCUUCUGACCUGAAGAAGAGCAGCAGCGGCCACUGCGCUCUGAAGCCAGCCAACACUGGUGUGCUGAUCGAGUGCCCUUCGCCACUGGGAAGGUUGACGAGUUUACACACAGAACAUAACCCACAUUGUCUGUGUGUGUGCGUGUGUCGACCACGUGAUAACUGAGUAGCAUGAAAAGGAUUUCGGACUAUUUUAGCGACGCUGCAAGGAAACGUCAAGUAAUGGAAGAUUGUUCAUCCACAUCAAGGGAUUUAUCAGUGAGCCCAGCUGGAAUUUCAACUCCCAACAUGAAUUCAGAUUUGGAACUUCAGAAUGCAACAAGAAUUGACUCUGGGUGUUCCACCUUGGUCUCUGAUGCUAAUGAAAGCUUCUGGCCCUACUGUUGGACUAUAGAGCAGAAGAAUGAAUUUGUGAAGAAAAAUAAUUGGUUAUUUUUUCAUAAAGGCAAAUUAGGGUGCUCGGUGUGCAAAAAUGUCGGCUACUUAGGCACAGAGAAGAACAUGGGUAUGCGGCUUUCUAAAGAAUGGAUAAAUUGUGAGAUAACAUCUUACGGUGAAUCUAGGAAACAGCAACUGACGUCUUUGAGGAAAAAGAUUUUUGACCACAGAGAAAGUACAGUUCAUAAAACUGCCGUUAAAAUAAUCGAGGAAGAGGAAAGAAAGCUCGAAACAGUAUGCCUGACGACAAUAGCGAGAGAGGAGGAAAUUACCAGUCUAUUCCGUACUGCAUAUAAAAUGGCUAAACAGAACCAGUCCUUCGAUGAUUUUGAAACAGAAAUUGAAUUGCAAGAAUUAAAUGGUAUUGAUAUGGGGAGACUUUUCCACUCCGCUGAUGCCUGUGAAAGUAUUAUAAAUCACAUUGCUAGUGAGAUGAGAGCCACCAUUAUCAGAAGGAUUAUUGAUUCAAUGAGUAAAAUCUCACUGAUGCUCGAUGGCUCUACUACUGUGAGUCACAAAUCCGUACUGAUGUUGUUCCUUCGCACCUAUAUUGAGGAGAUAGACAUGCAAGAACCUGUAAAUCUCUUUGUUGGUUUGAUAGAGCUGGAAGACGUCACCACAAACGGAAUAUACAAAAGUUUGAUCUCUCAUAUUUUGUCACUAGGAUUCACGGAAGAAUUCUUAGAAGAAAAUUUAAUUUCCUUCACCUAUGAUGAUGGGGCAGUGAUGCUGGAAUCCUGUGGGGGCGUCUCAAAACUUUUCAAAGCCAGAUUCCCACCCAUUGUUGUAUGGCACUGUGCCAGUCAUAGGCUGGAAUUAUUAGUACUUGAUGUUAUAAAAGAAGUUUCUGGCAUCGAUAGAGUUAAGAGCUUUUUGGACAAGUUGUAUGUUAUCUAUCACUCAUCUCCAAGCAAUGCGAGGCAGCUCAACUCAUGUUCAAGUAUGUUGGAGACAGAGAUUUCAAAAAUUGGAAGGAUUCUGUCUGCAAGAUGGGUUGCAUCGAGCUACAGGACUCUUUUGGCUGUUUGGCAGGAUUACGAAGCCCUUGUGCGUCACUUUGAAAAAGGUCGAUCGGAAAGCGGUCGCGACAGAAAGGAGAAGCGCCGCUACGAAAGCCUCCAUAGAAAGAUGACCUCUGUCGAAUUUGUUUUGGAUCUCGCAUUAAUUUGCGAUGCUUUGCAAGAACUGUCGGAACUGAGUUUAGGCUUGCAGGAGAGAAAUAUCGAUCUGUACAAAGCCCACAGCAAGAUCGAGUGUCUUGUUGAUAUUUGUGGGAAGAGAAGUACUGUUCCAGGUCCUUAUCAUAAGCAAGCGCUGGAGGCAGCAGAAAGUCUGCAGUUUAAGGGUGUCCCAUUGCAAAGGGAAAAUGGAACCGAUGACCCACCAAUCUCCCCAGUUGCGUUCUAUGAGCAACUUAAAAUUCAUCUUCAGAAAAUAUUGCUUUCCAAAGAAGACUUAGAAUUGUCAAGGUGUGGAAGAGUUCUGGAUUCUAGGAACUGGCCAGCAAACGCAAGGAACAACAUUCUCUACGGGGAAGAAGAAAUAUGCACAUUGGCAAAAAGAUUCCAGCUCAAUGAACGGAAAGGCAUUCGCGCCUUCAGAGAACAUCUGAAAUUUGGAGAAAUACCCAAGGAACUGUCUCAGAUAACGCACAUUUACCAUUCGAUAGCUAUUUCCACCAGUGACUGUGAAAGGGGACUGUCUGAGAUGAACCUGAUUAUCACUCCAGAAAGAGCCUCGUUGUCAUUUGCAACCAUAACAUCUUUAUUGUUUAUAAAAUUGGUCGGACCUCCCUUAACAGCCUUUGAUCCAACAAGGUAUGCUAAAACAUGGUUGCCUCAAGGUGAUUAUCCAGCGUCAGACACCCCAAGCGAGACCCAAAAAAGAACUGAGGACAAUGGUGACAUCUUUCAAAUUUGGAAACUACUUUGUUGAGACCAAAACGUCCCAGACUGGGGGAGGAAGACCCCUGGCAAAGCAAUGAUGGUGAAACCGCUCCGUGAAGAAUGACUUAGUCACGGACUGUGUAUAUAAUCUGAUCAUAUACCUUCAGUUGCUCGGUGGCUAAAAAAGUAUGCAGUUUUUGCGCGAUGGACAAAAUAUGUAUGCAUCUGAAAGUGGUGCGUGCAACUCAAAUUUUGAAGCAUCGUGGUUCCCUUUUGUUAACUGUAUUUCAGACCAAGAACACACACAGUUAUCUGAUGCAGCAAAAACUGCUUAUUUGAAGCUUCAUAGGUUACAGAGCUUCCUAGCCUAUAACAUGCAAUUUCUUUUAAUGUAGUUGUGUUUCUUUUUUCAUUCUUUUAUUAUAUUAUUUAAUCGUGUAACAGUAGAUUUAUCACAUUUGUAAAGUCUUCUUUCCGUAAUCUCUUUGUACGCUUCCUCACUGGUGGUUAUGAUGUAAUAGUCCACCUAUUAUUGAAGUUAUUGUAACUUGAGUUGUAUAUAUUCAUAAAACUGGGGGUUGGGGUUUUUUUUAAUGUAUAUAAAAAGGAUACCAAGCAUAGAAGAAAGUGAGUCCGUUGAAGCUGCUGAUCUGCGCACAGUCUCUUUCUACUGAUGCAGGAAAAAAGUGACAGGAAUACCGUUAUGGUAUUUCUGUAACUGGUAAUUGACCAAAUUCAGCCAAAACAGCGAUUCUUGGAAAAUAACUAGUUUUGAAAUAGAUAGAAAAUGAGCCAUCCAUAGAUUUGUGGAUGCUACAUCACAUCUAGACAUUUAAGUGUGAGAUAACUUGGACACUAUGUUCUAGAGACAGAUGUUUCAACUAAAGUCUAUAUAGAACGGGCUUCUUGUUAACAAAUAGUAUGUAUUAUGACAAGGUAGAAAUAAUGUAUGCUGAGUUUAUACAGCACGUUAGAUUGUUACAGAAGCUUUAUAUUCAUACUUAUUCUUACAUUGUUAUUCAUACUGUCUUUUAUAAGUUUUGUAAGUAUUUGUAUUUAGAAUUGUACUUAUAAUUAUAGUAGUGUAUAAUUAUAUAGUUAUAGCAUACGGUGUGUUUUUUUUCCUCGUUUUAUAUAUAUCGUAAUGCUACAGAGCAGCUUCUGUAAUGAAUCGGUGAGCAUCCAGAUGUAAGCCCAUUUCAUGGUAAAUCUUCCUCAGAAGAUAUUCUUCAUAGGUAUUCACCUGUGGGUUUUUACCUAAAAUUAACCAUGAAAACCACAGCACACAGGCCUCCGUGUAACUGAAUGGGAUUUAAAUAUUGUACAAGAACAAAAACUAAACUGUUUGCCUAUUAUUUAUAUCUCUACAUUCAUAUAGGAAGCAAGCCAGUCCUUUAAUUUUUGGUACAAACCCUUCUGUUCUUAACAUGAGCCAGCACAGUGCUCUCUAAAGAUAUUGAUAAUGAAACCCGUCUUAAAACAGACUCACCCUUAUAAUUCCAUGCAACUAUGUGAAAGUGACGCUUAGUUACGGAUCACAAUUGUGAACUUUGUUGUUAAUAUCCAACUGAUAAUAUAUCCAGUAGAAUAUAAUACAUAUGCACUUAUUCAGUAUAUUUUUUAAGUGAUAUCGUUAAUAGAAGAAACAUUCAAGUUGUAACUUAUCAUCAUGCAGUAUUGGUACAUUACAAAUAAAGAAGUAAUUCCUGUAAAUAA